AGGCCUCAAUUGUCAGCAGUGAGGUUGACAAAACAGCACCACCAAGAAAAUUUUCCCUAUAUUCAUGCAACAUAAUCCAAUGUCAUUGGAGAACAGUUGGACAUCACAUGAACAAGACAAACCAGGAAGCUCUGGUAAAACUUUGAGAAGGCAUAAAAGGUGUGGGAAUCAGUUUACAGUGUAGAGAAGGACUUCUGGUGUCAGAUAAGAUGGAAUGAAGACAUGCAACUGAAGCAACUUGCAUCACACUCGGUACCCACUUUGAUGCUUUCGACAGAUGAACAGGACAGGGACAGGGCCACCGACGGGAGGGAGGAACGUGCAGCAGUUUUGCGGAGGAGGAACAAAGGAAGGAGAUGAAAGCCUGGAUCUCUUCUGGAGGAUACACCAGAACAGAGCUAGUUCACAUCAUGGAUCUGACCAUCAGAAAGUAUCAAUCACACAAGAAAGAACAGGAAAGGGAUCCUUGAUGAAGAGCAGAAUGGAUGACCUCUUGUCUGCUGACGUUGGGAAGCAUGAUUAUGAUUGGCUUCUCACUCCUCCUGGAACUCCUCUCUUUACUUUCUCGAAAGCUACUGACGACCAAAAAUCUAGAGCAAAUCCAGGUUGCAGAUCCAAUCCUAGAUCAGCGUCAACUGACAAAGCUUCGAGGCUCUCUGUGUCUCGGUCAGAGAAUGCCAACUCUGCGAAGCCUGCGAGAAGCAGCUCGACCACACGGUCUUCCAUGUCCAACGCAUACUCGUCCUCCACAUACUUAUCCAACAACAGCAGGACGGCGGUCCUCGACACCAGCACGGCCUCGGUCACUUCCAAACCUACAACCCCUGCUACUCGCUCAACUCAAUCAGCACCGUCAAGGUCACCGACCCCUGUCAAAGCCAGACCAUCCCUGCCUUCUUCCAUGGAUAAGCCACGGCCGUCUCAGAGUUUUCGGACUGCGGCGCCAACUGUUCGACCUCAGGCUCCCUCCAAUACCUCAAACUCCAGCUCGAGCGCCGCAGCAACUCGACCGUCAACUCCUAUUCGUCGCGCGGCGACGACGCCAGCCGCGGCUCCAGCGAUAACCCGCUCGGCCUCCGUCGGCCGCGUUCCUGCCACAAACAACAGGAAAUCCAGUCCCGUAAUGCGUCCGAGCUCCCCGGCGCCACGAGCCCGAACUGUCCCUGACAUUCCGUCUGAAGCGCCACCGAAUCUUCGGACGAAGGUGCCCGAACGAGCCGUCUCCGCCGGCAGGCAGCGACCGGGGACGGCUUUGGCGGUUCGAGCAACUUCGAACUCCGAGGCCGCUGCUGCGGUGAGUGCGGUCCGCAGGCAGUCGUCCUCACCUGUCAUCGCCAGAGGCAGGCUUCAGGAGAACUCAUCAGGUAAUCGGAUGGGCAACAGGGUGAACGAGGUGAAGGCAGCUGACAACAAGAAAUCAUUGGCGUCAGAGCCUGCAGCUCGGAGACCUACAAAGCCCGCUUCACCGACGGAGAACACCGCGGGCUUCGGCCGUUCCAUCUCCAAGAAGUCAAUGGACAUGGCGCUCAAGCAUAUGGACAUCCGGCAAAGCAUGGGCGGCCUGCGUGGCGCCGCCCUCUUCCCUCAAAGCAUUCGUUCCGCCGCCCAGAAACUCCGGCCCGGUCGCUCAGUAGCAGCUGACUGCAACGGAGCUGCAAUGAGCAAUGGCGAUCUUGCCGUCAGACCUCCAAAUGAGCCUUUCAUGGAAAGAGAGUGCAAGCUGGAUCUCUACGAGAGCUCACGGUGCGAUGCGAUUCUGCUGAAAGAGGAUUCCAAGAACAUGAAUUGGCUGCACAGCACGGAAGAUAAGAGUGAUCAGAGACCACUGUUCGACUACAGGUUCGGGCAGCUUCCUGAACCUUUCGGCCCUCUGUGACAAGUCAACCUCUCUAUAUAUAUGCUUGCAACGUCCGAGUAGUUGACCUUUUCAUGUGAUGAUGGCUUACAAUUUGAUGCCUGCGGAAUAAAGAUUGUGUCGGCCUGUAAGCACAUAAGUUCAAAUGGAUUAUACCGCUAAAUCCUUCUUCCAGGAUAUGUUUCAGGCAUUCAAUAGUAAUCAAGACGGUGAAAUGUGUUUGGUGAUAUGUUUCAGGCA